AAUUUGAUAGCUCUCCAUUUAGCCACCAAGGGGAGUAAAAAAUCUUCAACAUGCAGUAAUUUACAUAAAAUCUAAUCGCACACAUUUCAGUCAUUUCCCUUGAAGAUUUGGAGCAACAUGUAAUCUGGAUGAAAAGGGGGACAGUUGUCAAUGUAUGGGAAGUGUGCUUGGACUGAGUGGCACAUCGACAAGACCGAGAGGCCGGACACACACGCAGAGGGACGGACGCAAGCCUUUUGUCUUCCUGGAGACGUCCUUCGACACCAGGAAACAGAACAUGUCAGAGGUGGAGGAACUGAAGGACCAGUAACGACGGCUCGGCUUUGCAGAGAGACGCAUCCCUCAUCCCCUCCCUCUCUCCCACCCUUCCCUCCCCACUCUUGGACCCCCACUUCCCUCUCUCCUCCGUUUUUAAAGGCGUAUUUUAUGCUGCCAGAGAGAGCGGCGCGACAGUGAGAGAGUGAGAGACGAUCUUAUAUGCCUCAAAGCCUUUCGCAAGGAUUCGUGAGGAAGUGCUAGCCGUGACUGAGCUGGACUGGACCGUGGCAUUCCUUGGAGGAGGAGGAGGGAGAGCCGUGGAUAUGGAGGACGGUGGGACACGGCACCUCAGCCAUGAGUGCAGGGUGGACAUGAUGGAAGAGGAGGGGGAGCCGCUGACCGGAGGAGAUGGACUGACCGGAGCUGGUGUUAUCCUGAUUCCCAAGCUGCCCCAUGUGGAGUUCAGCCUGGAGUGCAGGGAUCUGAUUGGCUCUGGCAGAGACAGGAAGCCCAAUGCUCUAGUCCAGGUUGCUGUCAUCGACCCCCGGGAACAAUACCUGGUCUCCCACGCCUGCACAGAGAUAGUAGAGGGUAGCAGAGACCCGUUGUUCCUGACAGGGGUGACCUUCCCUCCGGAGUACCCUGCCAGCCCAGAGACGCUAGUCAAGCUCACCGUCUACGAUGUGAGAGACAAGGCCUGCGACAAUAGCAGUUUCCUGGGCAGCGUUACGUUCUCCGUUAGCGACCUGCUAAGGUCAAAGGACGAUCAGCUGACCCUCAAUCUAAGGUCUUCUGAUGGUGUGCUGGCGGUGGGGACAGUGUUGGUGAGCCGUGUGAACAUGGGGGAGAUGGAGGAGGGGGACAUGGAUCACAUCACGGCCGACGUGCAGCAGGCCCAGAAGGUGAGGACGUGUGUGUGUGUUUGUGUGAGAGUCGUUCCCCUCCAGAUGUCUCAGCUAGCACUAAUGCUUGCAGGAUUAGUCUGUCACUGCUCAAGUGUCCCAAUGAGAUUCAUCAAGCCCUUACAGCCCUUGGAUCCUGUGUGUGUGGGGGGGGGGGGGGGGGGUAAGAGUGUCUCCCCUGCCUCUCUCUCUCUCUCUCUCUCUCGCUCUACCCUCCUUCUCCCUUCCCCCUCUCCCUGUCACCCUCCACCUCCUCCCUCUCUCCCAGUCUUUAAGAACCCGGUUUGUAAGGUCUACAAGUUCCAGACGGUGGAUAGUAAAUGGAUGCUGGUGAGAGAGCAGAUGGAGGAGUGUACUCUGUCCUUCAGCAUCCCCAGACAGCUCCUCCACCUCUACAUCCAGGAAGACAUGAGGAGGAUACAGGAGCUGAGGGACCUUGGGGAACUGUCUCCCCACUGGGACAACCUGAGGAAGGAGGUGAUUGGCCGUUAUGGACAGGUGAUAGCUGCCUACCAGGAGACCCUGGCUGAGCUGAAUAAGAUCACUGGUCCGUCGUUCAAGCCGAGCUGCAGCAAGGCCCAGAGGUAUCUAGAGUUCAUCCCUAUCAACCUGCACACCCAGAGGAUGAGGGUGACGUGUCCUCGACAAACAGAUGCAUUCUAUGACGUGAUCACGGUGGGGGCUCCAGCGGCCCACUUCCAGGGCUUUAAGGGCGGAGGGCUGCAGCGACUACUGAGCAGACAUGAGGCAGAGAAGAAGAGUUUCAGCACAGCAUACCAGUGCAUCUACUACUCCCCGGAGCACACAGCCAAGGCCCAGGAGGUGUUGCACAGUGUGGGCCAUCUCCAACCUCUCAUCUCGGGCCUGGCAGACCAGCUGCUUCAGGCCGCCCAGCAGCACUCCAUGGCUGGGCUGAGGGAGGCACUCAAGACCCUGGCUGGAAAGACGGAGCAGUUUGUGCAUGCGCUCAAAGACGAGCUGGUGAAGAGCGCCUUGCUGGCCCUCCACGCUGCACAGCCCGGCUAUGUUACGAAGAACCAGAACCAGACCUUGCCAGGCCACCAGGGUCACAGCCACCAGGACCACCCUAGUCCCAGCCAGAGGGGUCAACAAGGCCAGAGUCCACCCCAGAACCCAGGCCACAGUCCUGGGCAGCCAUCGGCUACAGACAGCCCUGUGGUGGUGUGUAAUAAUGUGGAUGGUGGCUCCCAGACGGCUCCCAUCAGAGAAGACGGGCAGGCACCUCUGAAGCGCCAGGACUCCAUUCCGUGCCAUAAGGAGUACGACGAGGAGGAAUGGGACAGGGUGUGGGCCGACGUGGCGAAGAGCCUCAACUGUGUCAUCGCCAUGGUGGACAAGCUCCAGGAGCAGGAACCAAUCAACAACAACCAGGAACAACCAAUCCCUAAGCAGGUCCUGGCUGACGUCAUCACCUCCCACAACCCCGAAGGGGAUUGGCGGGAGCAGCUCUGCCCUCUGGUGGUGAGGUUGAAGGAGUGCGUCGCGGAGGUGGUGGUGCGGGCCAGGAGGGCCAUGACCUUCGUCCUGCUGCAGGAGGCGGCCUGCAGCAUCCCCCAGGGACUGUUCCUCAAGCAGAGGAGGGAUGUGGUCUUCAGUCAGGCGCUAGCUGCGUUGGCGUGUGGUUUCGUCAUGAGGCUGUACGCGGGGAUGGAGGAUAAGGGCUUCCUCAGGCAGCUCCACCUAGUGGGCCUGGUGGCACAGUUUGAAAGCCUGCUAAGCACCUACAGUGAGGAGAUUGGCAUGCUGGAGGACAUGGAGGUGGGCAUCUCAGACCUGCACCGGGUGGCCUUCAAGAUCACCCAGGCCAAGACAGACAACCCCUGUGACCUGCAACCUGUAGUCAUCGGCAGGCGCGACCAUUAUACUGUAGAAGUGCCAUUACCACGGCUGGCCUUCCAGACGUUACCCCAUGAGAUCAAAGAGGGCAAGGCGUUGCAGGUUUACCCGGUGCUCUUCAACGUGGGAAUCAACGAACAGCAGACAAUAGCAGACAGAUUCGGAGACAUCUCUUUGCAAGAGAGGAUAAACCAGAGGAACUUUGAAAUUUUAGACAGUUAUUACAAAUCACUAAGCGAUAAGGUGCCAUCAGAAUGUCUGCCAUGUUUUCAAACGCAGACGGACUUGAAAGAUUUACUCAAAACCCUGGGCCAGAAUGUAGUGACGAAGAAGAGGAAGAAUGUGGAGAUACUGUGGCUCGCUGGAACGAUCUGCCGACGGCUGAACGGGAUCAGGUUCACCAGCUGUAAAAGUGCCAAAGACAGGACGUCGAUGUCUGUAACCCUGGAGCAGUGUGCCCUGCUGAGAGACGAGCACCAGCUCAACAAGGAUUACUUCAUACGAGCCCUGGACUGCAUGCGGAGUCGGCACACCCAGGGAGAAGUAGUGUGUCAGUGGGAUUCGGACCCCGAGGCGGCGUGCUCUGUAGCGGAGAACAAGCCGGCCUCGCGACACUUCUACCCCAUCGCCCUACUGCUUGUCAGCUCACACCUGCUGGUCGUGUGGUUAAUUUUAAGUCUUGUUUUUCUGCUUGCAAAAUAUCAAUAAAGUUGCUGAUGAUGCCAUGUACUAACCUUGUGUGCGUCAGGUGGUGAUUU